AAGCCGUGUGCAAAGAAGCUUACACUCCCAUCUCGGUCCCUCCCAAUGUAGAAUUAAAACAUGAGCUGAGCUGCUGUGCAGUCACUCCGAGUUUGGCCACAGCAUCAGCAUCAACAUGCCGAAGUGCCCUAAGUGUCAGAAGGAAGUCUACUUUGCUGAAAGGGUGACCUCACUUAAUAAGGACUGGCACAGACCAUGCCUACGAUGUGAGAAGUGCAGCAAGACUCUGACUCCGGGGAGUCACGCUGAGCAUGAGGGAAAACCCUAUUGCAACGCGCCUUGUUAUAGUGCCUUGUUUGGACCAAAAGGAUUUGGGCGCGGAGGUACAGAAAGUCACACCUUCAAAUGAAGCAGUCUGAGCACGCACAGUAUCCGGAGAACUUCUCCGCCCUACCUGCAAUGAAUUGUUUGUCCCUGCCGUCUAUUGAUAUGCCAGUUCUCAUAUAUAAAUAUCCUAGUGCCCUGUCCACCAUCUGAACGACCCGUAUCAAGCGCUAGCAAUGGAAAGUCCGCUCUCCGAUACCACUAGAAGUAUAGAUAAUGACCCUUGUAAUCAUACAUUUUGAUACAGAAGUAAAAUAUCUGGCAAGUGGAUGUGAUUAUUCAUGAAUAAAUAGAAAUACUU